AUGUCAGAUGUGCUGUACAGGGCAACCAAGUACAUGAAUGCCAAAGAUGUGUUGUUGGCCCGAGAAGAAAAGCCGAGGAAGAGGGAAAGACAAGAGGAUGUAUGGCAGGAUAGGGGGUGGAAGAUGGCCAGGACCAGAGAACGGUGGGAAGACAGGUGUUCCAUGCCCCUCACGAGAAAAUUCGUGAGUUUCACUUCGCUGACUGCCUCGAUUGACCAAGUCCUGAUGCAGAUUAAGGACGAAGGAGCUCUGACUUUCCCUGGCAAGCUGAAGGGAGAUCUAAAUAAGAGGUCUAGAGACAAGUAUUAUCGCUUUCACCGUGAUCAUGGCCAUGACACAACUGACUAUUACGACCUAAAACAACAAAUUGAAGCCCUUAUCAAACAAGGAAAGCUACAGAGGCUUGUCAGCAAGGAGAGGACGGACCCACCUCAAGAGCAGGCUCCUCGACGGGAGAAUGAGCGCCCCAGGUCGCCCAUAGGAGAUAUAAGAAUGAUUGUAAGGGGCACGACGAUUAUUGGGUCAUCCAAAAAAGCUUGUAAGACUUACCUCAGGAUGGUUCAGAACGUCCAGCUAACGAUUUCUGUACCUAAGAUGGUACGAAUAGACAACCCCGUCAUCGGAUUCUCGAAAGAAGAUGCCUGA